GGGGGGAGGAGAUCGCAUGUUGACUGCUAAUGUUUGCCAAACUAUGAUAUCCUCCGGACUGCACCUAUUUUUCAAGCGGACUCUUCCUCUUUCGAUGAGCUCCAACGAGACGUCCCGGUAGCCAGCGACAGCGAUAGUAGUAGUAACAAACAAAACCGAACCGAACCGAACAAAGGCGCUCAGCUAUGUUUAUUUGUGGCCAGAAAGUGAUUUCCAGUAUUUGCAGUUUCUUCUUCUACGGCGGGACUCUUUCCUGGCUCGAGUGCUGCGACGGAAACAUUAGCUAACACAAACUAGCUUAGAUUAGUGUCGUCGUUGCUUUUUUGGUUUUCUAGCUAGAUAGUUUGGUGUGUGUGUGUGUGUGUGUGUGUGUGAAGAAGUCGCUGGCAUUUAUUUCACUUUCCGGAAAGCGAGAGAGAGGGAGAGAGAGAGCAACGCACCCAAUAGCGCUCAGCUGUGGGCUUUAUCGUAUAAACGAGCUCGGCGUUCCCGUACCUGCGGAUUAUUGGCCCACCUGUGACCGGACUCUGCACAGGGGUGUGUGUGUGUGUUGUUAUUUGUUGCCCCGACACACCUGAAUAAGCCAAACCCGAGAGGUGUCUCGUCACCCCCUCCUCCUCCCGUCACCUCCGCUACUUGCCAGGGAAAUCACGUCUGCCGUCCCGCGGGGAGCGAUCUGUUGAUCGCCUCACUAUCGGGCUGUUUUAGCUCGAGCGAGGGGGGCGAAAAGGGAGCACAGGAUGUCGGGCCAAUCCAUCACGGAUCGGAUCGCGGCGGCUCAGCACAGCAUGACGGGGUCGAGCAUCAGCAAGGCUGUGUGCAAAGCCACAACGCACGAAGUCAGCGGACCCAAGAAGAAGCACCUCGACUAUCUGAUCCAUUGUACCAAUGAGAUGAACGUGAGUAUUCCCCAGUUGGCGGACACGCUGUUUGAGCGCACGGCUAACUCCAGCUGGGUGGUGGUCUUCAAAGCCCUCAUCACCACACACCACCUCAUGAUGUACGGCAACGAGCGCUUCAUCCAGUACCUGGCCUCCAGAAAUACUCUCUUCAACCUUAACAACUUUUUGGACAAGGGAGCUCUACAAGGUUACGACAUGUCCACCUUCAUCCGGCGUUACAGCCGCUACCUGAACGAGAAGGCCAUGUCCUACCGGCUGGUUGCGGUCGACUUCACCAAGAUGAAAAGGGGAAUUGAUGGUGUGAUGCGUACCAUGAACAUAGAGAAGUUGAUCAAGACGCUACCCAUCAUUCAGAACCAACUGGACGCUCUGCUGGACUUCCAGGCCAACCCCAACGAGCUGACCAAUGGAGUGAUCAACUCAGCCUUCAUGCUUCUUUUCAAAGACUCCAUCAGGCUGUUUGCUGCCUACAAUGAAGGGGUCAUCAAUCUUCUUGAGAAGUACUUCGACAUGAAGAAGAACCAGUGCAAAGAUGCUUUGGACAUCUACAAGAAGUUUCUUUACAGGAUGACCAAGCUUUCAGAGUUCCUUAAAGUGGCUGAGCAAGUUGGAAUAGAUCAAGGUGACAUCCCUGAUCUCUCACAGGCUCCCAGCAGUCUCUUGGAGGCAUUAGAGCAGCAUCUGGCCUCCCUGGAGGGCAAGAAGACCAAGGAACUGAAUGCAGACACCAGAGCAUCCACCCUGUCCAGUGCUGUGUCAUCCCUGUCCUCCACAGGCUUGUCCUUCAGCCGGAUGGAUGAGAAGGAAAGGCAGCAGGCCCUGGAGGAGGAGCAGGCCAGGUUACAGUCACUAAAGGACCAGCGUCUGAAGGAGAUUGGCAUGCAGACUCCUCCCUCUGCUUCCCCCAGCAGCCAAUCAAUAGGCAGUGCCAACAACCACAACCACAUCGCACACACCCCAGAGCUCUUCACCUCCACACCGUCCACCAACAGUAUGCCCAAUCUGAACAGUGACCUGUUUGAUCUGCAGCCGGCCUUCAUCCCUGCCGUGCAGAGCACCCCCUCUAUAUCCACCGCCAACAGUGCCUGGGGAGGAAUGGAGAGCCAGCCUCUGCAGCAGACUUCCCCAGCCAUGACAGUAGAUUUUGAUGCAGUGUUCGGGACUAAAGCCGCCCCCAAUAACAACGGCCCACAACCUGCAGCUGGUUUUGAUGCCCUGGGAGACCUAUUGAAGCCUACAAUUCCCACACACACUGCACCCCCUCCUCCCCCCAUGGCCAUCCAUCCCGGGGGCAAGCUGCUAGCCAAUGACCUUGACUCCUCUCUGGCUAACCUCGUGGGCAAUCUGCAGUUUGGCGGCAACCCAGCCAAGAAGCCAGAGAUGCAGUGGAGCCAGCAAGGGGAGAAAAAGCUGACGGGGGGACAGAACUGGCAGAACAAGACCAUGUCCACCACGCAGUGGAAUCCCGCCCCCAUGGCGCCACAGCCCAUGCCUGUACAACACAUGGCUCCAGCUCCCAUGGCUUUCCCCAUGACCACACCACAAGUGCCUGUAUAUGGAAUGGUUCCUCCCCAGAUGGCUCAGAUGGGUGGGGUUCCAGUCAUGGCUCCUCAGCCGAUGAUGUACAACCAGCCUGUUCUCAGACCUACCAAUCCUUUUGCACCCAUGCCAGGAGCCCAGUCUUGAGAUAAGGAGAAAUAUACCGCAGGAGACGUUAAAGAUUUCACACCAGACCAGCUGACAGCGGUGACCUCCCCCUCUUUCUCUGAGGUCAAAGGAUGCAUGAUUGUGUUGUUGUCCAUGUUUGCUGUCCUUUUAUUCAAACGCAUGAUAUGGUCGUGAUGAUGAUGAUGAUGAAUUCUCUCCUCUUGUGGUCCCCAUUUUAAAACUUAUUGUCUUUCAACCGGCCCGAGGAGACAAGAACAGGAUGGAUAAAGGGCAAAAGGCUUCAGACUCGUCUGACCGGGGUUGUUUGUUGUGUUUACUGGUGGAUUCAUCUGUCAAUUAAUUGGAUUUGAUGGGUCUUUAUACUGCUGACGAAUGAGCCAGUGUAGCAAAGCAGAGCACCAAACCUUUUUUUAGUGUUUCUUACCCCCCCCCCCCCAGAGAUUUCACGUCUGUUACUAUCGGCACGUCUCCUAAAAACGACUCGUUUGCUCUCUUGGUUUUCCACUGCUGUGGCGCCAUCUGGUGGCAGCUUUUGGUAUCGCAGCAGUGGCAGUUGGGAGAAAUUCAUCACCGCCGAUUUUGGUGGGAUAACCUGCAAAAUCGGCAGAUGAAAAUUGCAGCAAGAAAGGCAGAGAGAGAGAGAGGCUGUUGAUUGAAUAAUUACCCCCACCCCCCGUUUUAUCGGUGAGUCUGCUUAAGAUGUCUCGUGCACGUUUUUGUUUUGUUCCAGCUUACUUCCCAUCUGUGUGUUUUCAGUGAGAAACCCUCGGAUUGCUGCCUCACUUUUCCUGUAAAUAGAGAAUACACACUCACAGACACGUAUACCCACAGACCCAGAGCUUACAUACGUACUCUCAUAACCUGAAAUGACAUUAUUUUCAUUUACUCUUUAUUUUUCUGAACAUGAAAGAUAUUAGUCAUAGUUACAGCAGUAUAUAUAGGUCUGAUUACUUCUCCACGGGGGCGAGCAAACAGACGGAUGAUGCAGACUGUGCGGCUACUUACCUCCCCAUACAUCAGGGCCAGCAAUGGAUUGUCAAUGAUGCCAAAUGUUUUUUGAGCGAAGUACGCCUUUUUUCUCUGCUCCUCUCCUCUCUGUCUCCUCCCCCAUCUCUUUGUACAUUUUUUUUCUAUUUAUUUAAAGCAAAAAUAUAUGGAUUGUAUCAAGCAUGGAAAGGCAGACAAAUGUUACUGUUCAAAAAUUACAACAAAAAAAAAGAAAAAAAAAGAAAUCAUGGGCUUUUAUUUUACAGCGGUAUAUUUGUUUAUUUUCUAGAUUUUCUUUCUCUCUUUUUUUUUUCUUUCUUUCUUUGGAAGAAAUAAAAACCAUUUUCCAU